CACUAAUUUCCUUUAUUUGUACACACGAAUAUCGUGUUUGUUGUAUGCUGUGUGGAUAUUGUGCUUACGUAAAGUAAAUUGUUGGUAUUCAGCAUUAGAUAAAGAACUGGAAAGUGAACGUCGCAGGUGCCAGGUUCUGCUUAGGCAGGUCGGAGAGGUGGUGUAUAAAGUAUUCAGUUAAUUCAAGCUUUAACCAGACUCCUGCAUGGCGGUCGACGACGUUGCAAAAUGCGUGUGUUUGCGCGCGGAGGAGCAAACCGUAUUCGUACGUCGCUGUAGAGGGUUUGAAAACGAAGUGCUGAAGGCAGCGUUUGGGCCGAAGGAAGAUAGAGUCUGUAGUUUCGGAUUUUUCGAUGUUGGCUCUGGAGUUAAUGCAGAUAUGGGCUUUAUGAGUUUCAUGAAGCGGGCCGAGUAAUCAGCCUCCAAGACCUGUAGCAGCAAUGCUGGACUCAUCAGGGGGAGAUCCCCGAGUCCCUCGUCGAUUCAGUCUCAGGAACAAGAAGUGGAAGUAUCGAGGCGAAGGGAAUGCUAACCUGGUGCUUGCUUUAACUCAGGAGCGCAAAAUUGUGCGUUUGCGUAAAUGCGACGGCGCCGGCGGAAACGAGGGUGAGGAUGUAUUGGCAGAGAGAGAGCGAGAGCACGUGUGGCGCGAGGCAGUGUUCUGCAGGGGCGUCAUGGUGCCACUGCUGGGGGAGUGCUAUAUCCAACCCCCCACUGCUGCGCGAAUGGACCGAGGAGAAGUGAGGCGUCUGGAUCAAAUGUUACGGACACAGCGUCCAGCCUAUCGACAUCACAAGAGUCUGCAGUUUGGCUACGUGACUGUGUAUCCAGACUACGCGCUUCUUCCAGUGCAUUUGAGCGUACCGCCAAAUUUACCUCCCAAGUCUGAAUUUCUGCCUACUUUCUGUGUGGAAGUAAAACCCAAACAGGGUUGGGUACCUGCCCCUGAUCGACGCCUGUCCAAGUGUACAUUCUGCCUUAACCAGUAUCUCAAGUUGAAGAAUGGCAGCAUUCGUUGCCAAAGUCUUUACUGUCCGCUGGACCUCUUCUCAGGAAAUCGCGCGAGGAUGAUGAAAGCCCUGCAGGCCUUGGUUGCAGCUCCACAGAAUAAUCUUAAAAUUUUCAAGGAUGGUGUUCUUGUUUAUGGAGAGGAGGCCUGCAGUGACCUGCCCACCAUAUUGCAGAACUGGUUUUGUGAUCCAUUACAACCUCUUGAAGCAACUAAUGUACCCAGGUAUGCACGAUUAAUCUCACUCUGUACUGACCCCAAACCUAUUUUAAAACAAGGCUGUUGUGUGUCGUACUCCAGCUGUUUUACUCCCACCCCACUCAAGACAGUACAGUGCUUCAUGACAGUCUUUUGUUUUCAGGAUGGUGUUCUUGUUUAUGGAGAGGAGGCCUGCAGUGACCUGCCCACCAUAUUGCAGAACUGGUUUUGUGAUCCAUUACAACCUCUUGAAGCAACUAAUGUACCCAGACUAGUGGACAAACUUUGCUGCCUGGUGCUAGAAGCUCUGACCUCUGAUCUCACAGGACCUGAGAAGCUAAGUGAUAGUGAGACUGAUAAUGAAAGUGAUAAUGAUAUUGCGCUAUGGGAAACUGGUUGCGAAGGCCUCGUGCACCCCACUUCCUUACCAGAUGGCUAUGGGAGUAACGGUUGUCAUAGAGUGUCGGGUUCUGGCUUGAAAGAUCGAAUUCCAGCAGCGCUGGUUGCGGCAGUGGCCCCACUUUUGCCGGGUCCAUCCUGUGAUUGGACUGCUGAGCCUUUUCCAGUGGACUGCAUACUUGCCCGUAUUCUGCGAGUUCAGAAGCUGGAACAGACCGGUACAGAUCGAGUUUACGAAGCGUACAGGGGUCGAACACGUGUGCGUCACCUCGUGAGAGAGAAUGUAGCAACGAGUGAUUAUGACUAUGUUGCUGAUAUGCUGAGUGCAAGAACUGAAGCUGGUCCUGGACUCUCCCCCCUGCAUCGCUAUUUGCUCGCUACUACAGCCAAGGACUGCUCCAUUAUGUUAGCCUUCCAGCGCCUUCCUGACCAAGACUGCAGGCUCUGGAAUCAUAUUCCUGCUCACCACGUGGUUCAAGAUUCUGAUGGUUGUGGUUAUGUGGUGAAUGUUGGAGUUACAGACCUUGAUCCCAAGCCUUUAUCAUGCAUUGAGAAACAUCGUAAGCGAGACUGUGAAGUUCUGACAGCUUGCCUAGAGUUGCUGAGGCCUCAGGCAGGUAGUGAAAGCAAAUUAUUUUGCUGAGUAGACUUGUUCACUUGGUCCAUAUUGCCUUAGAACAUAAAUUAUCUUAUGUAUGUAUGAAAUAUGAAUGAACCGCAUAUCUUAAACUGAAAUUAACAACUGAAUUAGCAGUGCAAAUCCAUGAACAUAUUCAGUAAUGUUAGCUGUGCCUGUAAGAAAUGGGCAGUAAUAUCACUGCUAUGUUUUAAUUUAUGGCUUAAAAAUUCCUGAAAGUCGUCAUUUUAUUUAUGAAUGAUUCAUUGAAAGUGAUCCAUAAAAAUGAACAUUAUGUUAUUCCAAGAACAACUAAUAGUGAAAAUUUUUUUAGUAAUUUUUGGUUAAUACACAGUGUAUUUUUCUUUUCUUAUUUUAAAUAUGUGUUAUUUAUGUUAAUGUGUUGUUCUGUAUAUAUAAACUAAAUAGAUUGGCCCAUCUGGGCAAAAUGUCAAAAUGUAGAACAGGUGUGAAAUCACAGUCACAGGACUUGUUAUUUUUGUGGUUUUCACAUAAAGUCCUCUCGCUUUUACAGUUUGUUGAGAUGCUUCCACUGUGGUGUGGUUAACUGGAUUCAAUCUGAAAAUGGAACCUACUAAUUUGUAUGAAAUAUUUGUUUACUCGCCCAAUAUGGCACAGUGUUAUCACCCAAAAUUUGUUUUUCCUCCUGAAUCCAUGACAUAAAUAAUUUGUUUCUGUAUAGUACAUUCCCACACAGUUAUGAAUUAUGUAAUUGAUGAUGGAGUUGAGGAACAGUGAAAAUUGAUAUAUAGUUGCAUUUUCCUGGAGGAGCCGUGAAAGAGCAGUGAUGCAGUGCAAAGAAAUGGAUAUAUAGGCCGUGGUGUGUGAUAUGCCAGGAAAUGUAUGUUUUAAUUGCAUUCCAGUAUUGGAAUUUUAUAACUAUUAACUAAUUAAUUCCAUGGAACAGAGUUGUUUGUGAGAAGCUAAUAAUACAUUCAGCUAGUUAAGAAAUUUCCUCCCUUUUAUGAAAGUCAAAGGUUCAUUACUGUGUUCACAAGAGUGACUUUGAAGAGACAUUUUUAAGAUAUAAGUUUUGGCCCAGGCAUCAAGUAAUAUAAUUACUUGUAUAAAAGAUAUUGGAAAUUAAUUCUAAUAACUACAAGUAUGAAUACUGAAACUUAUAAUUUUAUUCUGAAUAUUUACUCUUAUGGAAUGUAUUUGUAUAUCCAAUUCCACAGUGUUUGAGAAGCGAAGUAAACAAAACCCCCAUCCUUCCUCCUGUGUUCCAUGUGAUGAUGACUUGAUACAACUUGUUCUAAAAACAUUUACCUGGCAAUGGAAUUUAUUUUACUGUUUAUACACAUACUAUAUACAUUUAUCACAACAAAUGAAACAUGUAAGAAAUAAAAAAAAAUGGGAAACAAUGUGUUAACACCAGAGUCCACAACACAUGUUGGUUGAAAUGAUUUAAAGCAAUGUAUUUGGAACGGUCAGUACUGUAGACCUGCCUUAGUUAGCAAGAGCUUUAAUCAUUGAAAAAUGCAGCCAACUUCCCUGAUACUUCAAAAUAUGGAAAGACAGUUGUGCUCCCUCAAAAAAAUAUUACUAUUAAUAAUGAUGAAAGUUUUGUUUAGUCCUAUACCUAACCAAAAGGACCUAUACAAAGUUCCUUUCUAUAAUAUAUUAAAUAUAUAAUGAAAAUACUGUGUAUGUGCUCUGUUGGUAGCCCUGUCUCUCUCUACUGACCACCCCUCUGUAUUGUUACAUUGUUUACUUUGACUCCCAAACUUCAUUGAGUCAGGAAUAGUGCGCAAUGUGAGAGUGUGUUGCACUCCAUGUAACUGUUGAUUUACUUGGGCCUAAGUAGUAACUAAACUAGUUUCCUUUCAGCUUAACCUUUAGAAGGGUAUCCAGGAACAAGCGGGAAGUGCCAGUUUGGAAAGGUUCAGCAUAAUCAUUGAUGAUAAACAAUCAUAACAGUACAAGAAAACAGAUGAGUGUAAUGAAAGUUAUGGAUGAUUGACCAGUGAAUCAACAGCCACUUAAUAUCCAAUUUCCUUAUUUCAUGGUAGGCUUAGAAAAUUAGCAGACUACUUCAUAAAAAAUAUGGAGAACAGCAUUGCCACUAUUGUCUUACUGAAAAGGUUGAUAUGCACUUAUGAAAAAUAGUGGGAAUAUAAUGUAAGAUUUCAGGUUUUCACAGCGGUGAGUAUGAAGAUUUCUGUCUUCUGGGUUGUUGCACUGUGUAGUCUGAUCGAUGUUUACCAGCGUUUCAGAGGACAUACUGCCUCCGUCAUCAGGGCGAUGAAUACAACCUCUGAAACGUUGGUUAACAUCGACCAGACUACACAGUGCAACAACCCAGAAGACAGAAAUCUUCAGUGGGAAUAUUAGUUUAUAGAAGAGCUGAAGCAAAGAGGGUUUAUGGAACGUGUCCCAACCUUAGGGUCCUCAUUGGUUCCUUCUUAGUUGGAUGAUGCGAUGUCACCAAGGGUGGUUGUGAAACCAGUGUGUAAAUUUCCAUCAUUAAAGGAUGUAGUAUGUUGUCCAGUAUGGAAAAUGAUUAGUGUAUCACAAGUGUGGUUUAUGGUUGGCAUUGACAGAUACAUUCAGUAUGGCAGCCAAGUUACUUCUACAACAAUGUAUGUUGCACAGUGGAGCCAGUUUUUGUACAUGUACAGUCUUUUUUAUAAAUAUUUUGCAUGAUCAGGUUAUUUUGCAUGAGUUGCCUUUACUUGAUAAUUGUAUCAAGUGAAAUGUUUUUUAACAGUAAAGAAACUAUAAUAUUUAUGGAGUUGGCCUGGUGUGGUAUUACAUUUUAUUUUUUGUAAUCACUUAAUGUCCAAUUAAAGUACUAAGAUUAAAGUGUGUAUUA